AUGGGUGAAAUAGUUACAAGUGUUGACUUGAUUUGUUUGCCCAUGACAGGAAUUGAUGUGAUAAUUGACAUGGAUUGGUUGUCUGCCAAUAGUGUGAUGUUAGACUAUAAUAGGAAGAUGGUUUCAUUACCAAUGUACAUGACGGCCACAACAAACAAUGAGAUUGCACAGCUUGUAUCUAUUACUACUUCGGAGAAUCCUAAAUUCCUAUCAGUGGUACAAGUAGAGAAAUCAGUGAAAAAGGGACGUCAAGCCUUUAUAGUGUCAUGUUCAAUACACGAAGUGUAUGAUAGAGCAUUAGAUAAGAUUAGAGUUGUCAAUGAAUUUCCUGAGGUAUUUGCAGAUGAAGUGUCAGGAUUGUCAGUAGAGAGAGAGAUUGAGUUCUUAAUCAAUUUAGUACUUGGUACUAAGCCAAUCUCUAAGGCUCCAUAUCGGAUGGCUCUAAUAAAGUUGAAUGAGCUUAAGAGACAGCUAGAGGAGUUAUUGGAGAAGGGGUUGAUUAGACCUAGUGUUUCACUUUGA